AUGAUUGAACAAAUCAAACGGAUCAUCCGCAUGGCACUGCCAAACCUGUCUGAACAGACCCUAUGCCAAAUAAUUGCAAAACUUCAGGAUUCUGGCUUGGAGUCAAUACAAGACCUACAAUAUGUACAACAGGAGGACCUUGCAGAUCUGCUACCUGUUAUCCAGUGCCGCAAACUCCUGCAUGUAUUCAAAUUGGAAUCAUUCCAGGUGCCUUGGGAACAGAUGCCACUGAAAAUUUGUUCUGCAAUUGUGGAUGGCAAGAGGCCUACACCAGUGGAGCGACGUCAGAUGAUACGAGUCCUGGCAGAUGAAAUUAGAAGAUUUGACAGUAACCCCACUCGCAGUCAGUGCAAAACCGUUGUUCAAAAUAUAAUCAGGCAGUACCCAAAACGUUUUGCUGACAUGAACUCUGAUGGAUCUCUUCUGUGUGGAGGAUACACAUCUCUUUUGAUUCAACUUAAAAACCGUAUUGAAAAUUUGAACCGAGAUGGAAGUUUCUCACGCCACCGGACCACUACAGGCAAGAGAGAUUUGAAGAAUAAACGGCCCUUUAUUUUCAUGCCAAGAUACAUUUAUGAACAUUUUCAGUUGCUUACAGACAUUGAUGUGCUUCGAAGCUUGGAACUCCAUAUCGAGGAAUGUGGAAAAGUUAUUCAAGAUUAUUUCAAGGAUAAAUCUACCAACAAAGAUGUCAAAAAUAUCUUAUCCAAUGGUGACGACGAUGAUGAGCUAGCAUUUAGAGUUGUUCAGUUGCUCAUGGCACAUUUUGGAGAGGACCGUGAUGGGCUGAUCCUUCUUACUGAUGAAUCCACCACAGCAGCUGGCGUUGAGAUGUCACUUAAUGUUCCUUCAAGUCCUCGUCUGAUACUGUCUGUUUCAGAUACAACAGGGAAGAUCGUGAUCAAUGGAUGGAUGAUAACAUUGGAAGGCCGUGUAAUCUCUGAGAGCAUCACACCAUCAUUCACUACUGGGCUUGCUGCUGUUUUUGCAAUCUAUUAUAAUUUCAACCUCCAGUAUCAGGUGGAGGCUGAAUGCACUCUGGAGUUCAUUCAGAGGUAUGACUCCUUCAAUCUUGAUUGA